AUGGCAGCCACUGCUGCGUCGGGCACGAGGAAGGCCGUCGGAGCGGUAGCAGCGGCUCUGGGCCUUGGCUAUGGCGCCUACUACGCCUCCCAGGCGGGAGUGGUCCGAUCUCUUGAGAAGGAGAGGGAGGACCUUGAAACAAAGGUCUUCGUCUUCCAAGGCAAGUCGCGCCGCGCUGAGUCAGACUCUCAAGAAACCGAGGCCCUCAUCGCAGCCCUGAGGCAGCAGUCAGAUCUCGACGCCGCCGCGGCCUCGGAGAUCUCCGCCCAGCUGGACGAUCUCAGAUCUCAGGUGCAGCAGCUGGAGGCGCAGCAGCAGCAGCGCGCGGAGUCCGCCGCGCGGUCAAAGCAGGAGGCGGCGGAGGCGGCCGCGCGGCUGGAGCGGCUGAGGCAGGACGCGCAGCGGUUCAAGGCGGACGCGGCGGAGGCGGACCGCGCGCUCGGCGCGGCGGCCGCGGCGGUCGCGGAGGCGCGGCGGCGGGUCGCCAACCCGCUGCGGCAUCCGGCGCUGCAGCGGUGGCGGGGCGGCGGCCAGUAG